UCCCCUAAACCCUAGCUUCUCCACCACCGCCGCAAGGACUGCCGCCGACCGUCGCUCUCAGGCACUACCAUCGUCGUCUGGUCGUCCGUGAUUCUUCUUCCUUCAAGAAUCGCAGCUUCUUCUUCGUCGACCUCGGCGCGUCAGUUCCUGGUAUUCAUCUGCACCAUCGCGCUCCUGCCGCCGUCCGUCGGGCGCUCAUUCACCAUCGUCUUCGUCUGGUCGUCGCAGAUUCUUCCAACCCACCACCGUCUUCUGAGUUGUGUUCGUCGCCUGGCCUCUAUCUCCGUCACGAUUCUGCCCCCUCUUCUCAGACUGCUCAGUAGAAAAACCCAUCUCCAUUCCAGUUUCCUUCCUUCGAGUUCAGAGAGCAGAAGCUCAACCAAGAACAAAACCUUAGACUUCGACGGUCAAUAUGUACCCGAAGCCAUGCAUCAUAUCCCUCCAACUCCUUCCAUGGCUGCUGCAAGAGAAGAAGCUGAGAAUGUUAUGUUUGGUGCUUUGGAUAAUCUCUUUGCUAAUAGAAAGAUUAAGCCUAAGGAUAUUGGUGUUCUUGUUGUGAAUUGCAGUUUGUUUAACCCAACUCCUUCACUUUCUGCAAUGAUUGUGAACAAGUACAAGCUUAGGGGUAACAUUAGAAGCUUCAAUUUGGGUGGUAUGGGUUGUAGUGCAGGAGUUAUAGCCAUUGAUUUUGCUAAGGACAUGCUUCAAGUUCAUAGGAACACUUAUGAUGUUGCUGUUAGCACUGAGAACAUUACUCAGAAUUGGUACUUUGGGAACAAGAAAUCUAUGCUGAUCCCAAAUUGUUUGUUCCGUGUUGGUGGUUCUGCUGUUUUGUUGUCCAACAAAGGCUCUGUUAAGAGAAGAGCAAAGUACAAGCUUGUUCAUGUUGUGAGGACUCAUAAGGGUGCUGAUGAUAAAGCUUUCAGGUGUGUGUAUCAAAAACAAGAUGAUGAUGGCAAAACUGGUGUUUCUCUCUCAAAGGAUCUUAUGGCUAUUGCUGGUGGGGCUUUGAAGAUUAACAUCACAACUUUGGGGCCUCUUGUUCUUCCAAUAAGUGAACAGCUUCUGUUCUUUGCUACUUUGGUUGUUAAGAAGCUUCUGAAUGCAAAAGUGAAGCCUUAUAUACCUGAUUUCAAGCUUGCAUUUGAUCAUUUCUGCAUUCAUGCUGAUGGGAGAGCUGUGAUUGAUGAGCUUGAGAAGAAUCUCCAGCUUCUGCCUAUGCAUGUUGAGAAAGAAUGAGGAAGGGAAAUAGGGUGUGGCAGAUUGCAUUUGGAAGUGGAUUUAAGUGUAACAGGGCAGUGUGGCAGGCACUUAGGCAUGUCAAGGCUUCACCCAAGUCUCCUUGAAAAGAUUGCAUUCAUAGGUAUCCAGUGCAGCUUCUGGAGAGUAAGAUACAGGAGGCGAGAUCAAAGGAGGAUACUCUGAAAGCAAGAGCUCAAUCUGCACAGUUUGUCCAAACCAUUUUCUGAUUGACUCGCAUUUUAUUACAGUCUAUUCCUAAUCCCUUUUAAUCCUGGUUUUUUAUUUAUGUAAUAAAUGUAACUCUCUGAUUUUGUUCUAGAACAAUUCAUUUUUCCAUUAAAUUUCUUGUCAUUUGUUGAAAGAAAGUGAGAGAAGUUUUGUGGUCAAAUAUUAACUGUAAGAAUAGUUAGAUCUCUUACGAAGAAUUCUAGUGUUGGAAAGUUAUGGCAUUAG